GUAGAUCAAUCACAGGUAGAACAAUGACAGGCUUUCACAGUGAUUGACCAGAACAGAGAUGGCAUCAUCGACAAGGAGGAUCUGAGAGACACAUUCGCAGCUAUGGGCCGCCUGAACGUAAAGAACGAGGAGCUCGAUGAGAUGGUGAAGGAAGCUUCUGGACCCAUCAACUUCACCGUCUUCCUCACCAUGUUCGGAGAGAAGCUGAAGGGUGAGCCAGUCUUCUCAUCAAUCUCUUCUUCUUCUUCUCGCCAGAUCAAAAACAUGUGGACAGCAUUUCCCCCCGAUGUGGCCGGCAACGUAGACUACAAGAACAUCUGCUAUGUCAUCACCCACGGUGAGGACAAGGACCAGGAGUAAAUGGUGUGAAGGUUCACCCUGCGGGCUGUGCGCCCCGACACCCAGCGCAGCGCCCCACUGCUGUAUAUUGCGUAUUUUGUAAAUUGACCCAUCAGAUACAAAACUGUAAUUUAUUCUGUCCGGUGGGACGAAAGGGGGCCUUUGACUGGCUGCCCCGUUCUCCUUCUGCCCGGUAGCCCCGCCCUCCGGUAGCCCCGCCCUCCCGAAGCCCCGACUAUUUUCUCUACGACGUCUUAAGCUGGAACCACGGAAUCCUCAGGGGAAGUUCUCAAUAAAAGUUCAUUUUUAUUCUAAA